AUGGAUACAUACAAGCAAAGCUUUUCGAAGAGUGGUUUAUGCUUGAACACAUCUGUUGAGACUCAACCAGGUCUUGAGGUGCGAGAUGUUCCUUCACAACAAACAUGGCAAUGGUCAUCACAGAAAAAUCACUCUGGAAUACAGUGUGAAAAGAGUGCAAUUUUAGAGCGCAGGCAAAUUGCGGGGUUAUCAAUUGGAACAUUUUGGGCUUUGGUCGUCUUGCUAUGUCUCAUUGUCGCAGGCGGAAUAGGUGGAGGUGUAGGAGUUGGAAUUCGCGGCACAAAAGAACAAUUGCAAGAGGUAACUUGA